UGUAGAAAACAUUUUAUACACUAUUGGACUUUUCAAAUUUCAAAUUUUAAAUUUGUGGGUUUAAUACAAAAUAUGUUCGGAAAAUAAAUACCCAUGAGCACAGACAAAAUAUAUGUGUAUAUGUAUGCAUAUACAUGUAUGCUUGUAGUAGACUUGUUUUUGUUAUCACUAGCAAAAGGUGCAAUAAAAUAAUUUAAAUUGUGUAGAAACUUGGCAUUAAAGAAAUACGACGAUGUUUGCACUACUAUUGCGCAAUCAAGUGCCAUCGAGUUGCAAUUUUCCUUUUGCAAUUUCACAUUUGCGACGUACGUUGGCAGUUAGGAAAAUGCCGCAUGAACCCGAUAAAGGUCUAGAUGAAUCUGGUCAAAUUAUGGAAGCUAUGAAAACACAGAAAUUGGACGAUAUGCGGAUCAAAAUCAACGAAGGGAAUUUUGGCAGCCCAGCAUCGAUUCUCUUGGCACACUCGACUGAUGGAAAGCACGUGCUACGCCUAAGUAUUCGUCACGUGGCGACACAAAAAUAUAAUUCAGUUAUCUUUUUACCCGCAAAGAUGCCGAAAACUAUGACAAUGUCCACCCAGGCCAUUGACAACGAUUCCGAUACUAACAAGCAGGCAGAUCAAAAGACUACCAAAGUGAAUGACAGCGACUCUGAUACCAAAAUGAAGGCAAAUCAAGAGUCAAACGAUUCGCCUGAGAAGGAAUCGGAUGUCUCAUCUAAAUUUAAAAGAAUGUAUAGUAAUAGGGAGUGUUCGAAACCGUUGCGCUCUAUUAACCGAACGACCAAACCAGAAUUUUCUGAAAAACGACAUGCGUACGUACGUGAAUGGAUAAGGAAGUGGAAGGAAAAUCGGAUUUUAGAACCCAAAGCUAAGCUUAGAGAAAAAUUAAUAAGGAAAAUUCCGGUUCACAGUAAAAUGUUGGAAAAUUUUCCGAUCAAAUCAGUUCGCAAAAAAAACAAAUUUCCGAUAAACGCACGAAUUCUUGAAACAGACGAUAUUGAAGUUGCCGAAAAACUAGAGAAUGCCAAGAAAUCUUACUUUAGGUAUAAAAAACCAAAACCAGAACCAAUAAGAUGUCAUUUCAAGAUCGAGCAAAGAGAGAUGAGGAAAAUCGCCAAGAACUUGGGGAAAACCUCUCCGUUGAACGACAGCAAAAACUCAACUACACAGAAGUCUUUAACAAAGCCGCCGCCAGGAUCUGCAAAAUCGUUUUCCACUUUUGGACCGGCAAGUCCACAGGCAACAGAAGUCUUAGAGGGACUCAAGGUUCCCGGAGUGUCGACAAUAUUAAGCGCUGGGAAAGCUGGUCCUCCGGCCAAGCCUGGAACAGGCGGUAAAGCUCCUGCAUCAGGAGCUGCAACAGGUAAGCCGCCAAGCCGACCGCCUCCACCAAAGGGUCCUCCCCCGGGAACACCUCCACCUCAAACUAAGACAACAUUUGGACCACUGAAAGAUUCGGAUCGUAUUUUCACAAAUCUAUACGGGCGUCACGACUGGCGCUUAAAAGCGGCCAUGAAACGUGGCGAUUGGUACAAAACCAAAGAAAUAAUCGAGAAAGGAUCUCCCUGGAUUAUUAAUGAAAUUAAAACAUCUGGUUUGCGUGGACGAGGCGGGGCUGGUUUUCCCACUGGUCUCAAAUAUUCCUUUAUGAACAAACCGCCCGACGGUCGUCCUAAGUUUCUAGUAGUUAACGCCGAUGAGGGCGAACCGGGCACGUGCAAGGAUCGAGAGAUACUCCGUCACGAUCCGCAUAAACUAGUGGAGGGGUGUCUCAUAGUUGGCCAUGCGAUGGGGGCCAAUACUGGUUUUAUCUACGUGCGCGGUGAGUUCUUUAACGAAACCUGCAAUCUACAGUACGCCAUAGCUGAGGCAUACAAGGAAGGAUUUCUGGGUAAGAAUGCCUGUGGAUCAGGCUAUGAUUUCGAUCUCUAUAUACAGCGCGGCGCUGGUGCCUAUGUGUGCGGCGAGGAGACAUCGCUUAUCGAAUCCUUGGAGGGUAAGGCAGGAAAGCCGCGCAGCAAGCCGCCCUUUCCAGCAGAUAUCGGUGUCUUUGGCUGCCCCUCAACGGUUACCAAUGUGGAGACGGUGGCUGUGGUAUCCACGAUUUGUAGGCGUGGAGGUAAAUGGUUUGCCAGCUUUGGACGCACCCGCAACUCGGGCACAAAACUUUUUAAUAUUUCGGGACACGUGAAACGACCCUGCACAGUGGAAGAAGAACUGUCGAUGCCCACACGUGAGCUCAUAGAACGACAUGCUGGAGGUGUUACUGGCGGCUGGGACAAUUUGCUAGCUAUUAUACCUGGUGGCUCAUCAACGCCAUGCAUUCCUUUGGAAGACGCAUCGAAAUCUAUACACGACUAUGACGGUUUGAUGGCUGUGCGAUCCUCUCUGGGCACUGGCGCCAUCAUAGUGAUGAGCAAGAAAACGGACAUUAUCAAGGCUAUUGCACGACUGUCUGCCUUUUACAAACAUGAGAGUUGCGGCCAAUGCACGCCCUGCCGUGAAGGCCUGCACUGGGUGCACCUGAUCAUGCAACGUUUUGUUACUGGUCAGGCGAAGCCCAGCGAGAUCGACAUGCUGUGGGAAAUAACCAAACAAAUCGAGGGGCAUACCAUAUGCGCCUUGGGCGACGGCGCUGCAUGGCCACCGCAGGGACUGAUUCGACAUUUUCGACCAGUCAUCGAGGAGCGCAUGCGUCAGCAUGCAGAAGCGACAAGUGGCAAAGCGACAGCAGGCGCCGCCGCCGGCACUACCACCGCCACCGCUAAAAUGUCCGUAUCCGACGGCGGCGUUAGCACCAGCAAGUCUUCAUAAGUGUUAAUGACGUUUUAUUUACAAUAAAAGCCUUUUCUUUGCUGGCUUACUUCAUGCAACAAUGACUU